UUCGUUUCCUUUAUCACUGUUGUAAUUGGCUGUGGAAGUUUUCCAACUUGUUUCCUGAUUUGUGCACUUAUCACACACUUGCUGGAGGCUCUGACUAAAUUGAUCCGCUAUUUCCGAAAUUAGACACAACGACAGACGAUUUCCCCCAUGACUGUUUUCAAAUGGUAGUCGGAAACGUUUUAAGAAUAAGCCAGUCUUCUGUUUCAAGGGCUGUCCACAAUGUUUCAUUGGCACUCUCUAUUAUAUCUAGAAACUAUGUAUCGUUUCCAGAUGAUCUUGUUAAGGUAAAACGAGAUUUUCAAAAUGUCGGCAGAAUGCCAGGUGUGAUAGGAUGUAUUGAUGGGACUCACGUACGCAUUGUGCGACCGGUCAAUUUUAAAAAGGCCUAUGUCAACAGGAAAAAUUACCACUCUAUCAAUGUUCAAGGAAUUUGUGAUGCCGACUGCCGUUAUUUAUCGAUCAACGCAACGAAGCCUGGCCUGUCAGGACUCUACGAUAUUCAAAGCCAGCGUGAUUGGAAAAAAAUUUGCUAACGGAUUAUUCGGUCAUGGUUUCCUUCUUGGGGACAGUGGGUUUGGCUGUUCAACGUAUCUCAUAACUCCUUCAUCAGAAGAUGGUGCUGAAGACGAGCUAGAGCCAUCACCAAGUAUUUCGAUACGUUCUGUUGACGAAUUCACUGAUGAAUGACGACUGGGUGCAUCACUCUGAUCUGAUGUUCCAUAAUUUGCCACAGUGCAAACCGCAGUACUCGCAGCAUCCCUGGAAUCCGACGGCUUUACAAUGAGGAGAGGGGAAGACACAGCAUCAACAACAGCUGCCCUACGUUUCUUUGCUUCAGUGCGCCCAUCUCUUCCUCUUUUUUCAAGAUCAGUGCUAACCACCUGUUCACCAUUAAUUGCAUUCUUCAAUCGGUCUUGUGCUCCUUUGGAAGUGUCUGAAAAUAAAUGAAAAAUAAGGAUAAA